UCGGGCAGCGUUUUAAUUGCGUCGUGCAUUGCAGGACUUCAGUUGGGAUAAUGAGUUGGGCUCCUGAUUUCAACCCUGUUUCUUAGAGAGGUUCAAAGCCAUUUGGAGUCAUUACAGCAGGACUUCUGGAUUUCACACAGAGACGACAGAGGGGCUACAAAAAUCCAGGUACAGCUAACUUUAUGUGAGGGACAGUAAGAAUAAGCGUAACAAAAACGUGAGAAGGAGGAAAACGAGAAGGAGGAGAGUAGCGGGAAGGGAGACAAGCCGGAAUACAGAGAGACAGCGAUAGAGAGAGAAAGAGAGAGAGACUCCUGAGGCAGUAAGUGAGGCGGAACAGGGAAGCGUGAGAGGUAGAAAGAAAGACAAGAGAGGGAGGGAAGAAGGGACAAGGAGGAGAGGGGGCGUUCAGAAGAGAAGAAGGAAAAAGUUGAGAGAAGGAAAGAAAGGGAAAGAAAAGGCUAGAGAGGAGAAGUGGGGGGAAACAACAGACAGGAAGGAAGGGGAGGGAGACCACUUGGGAGGAGGGAAAAGAGGUGGUUUGGUCGGGGGGAGCUGAAGAGAACUUUUCUCUUCGGGAGGCACUAGAUGAGGAAAACAGAAUGAGUGAAUGACGGGACUUCACGGAGCCAGGAGAGGUUUUUCGGAGUCUUUUUCCAUGCGAGCCUCUUUGGAUAUGUACACAGAAGGCGUGCAAGCAACUGGACAUAGGCGACUUCUCCAGCCCAAUGGUACUGUUGGCCCGUGCCCUUGCCAGCGCUGCACCCGCCAUGCUGAGCCAGGGUUCCAAGGAGCGUCCGGCAAACAGCCAGACCACCCACAUCUGGAUGGCCGUAGAGACACUCAGCCUCUUCGUGUUAAAGAGGUGAUGGGGAGGACAUUCAUAGUUGGUCAUUGCAGCACUCAGAAAAAGCCCAUGUUUCUGGGGCAUGACCCUCACAGCCAGUCAGAUGACUUGGCCCGACUCAGUCCCCCGUGGGAGUUAAACCCAGCUCAGUGGAGCCACUCGCCGGAGCCUUGCGUGAGACACUGCCAGUCUUUCAGGGAGCAGUGUGACUGUGUGACCACAUACAACCACACCAGGGCACACCCCUUUCAUGUCCGGAUACCGCAUCCACUCCCUCAUCUACGUGUCAAUGGUCAAGCGUAUGAAUGUGCAAUGUUGGCACACUGCGAUACAUUUGUAAAGAAAGAUAAGGAUACUUCUUAUUGCACCCAGCAAAAUGGCCAUUUGGAUCAUCCCUUUUCCAUGUUUAACGGGCACUACAUGCCAAACCCUGGACCCUCAAAGAAAAGAGAAACUCAUCAGGGUUCUGGUGGAUCAGUAGAGACUUGUAAUGGAGCCAUUCAGAAAGCCUUCUUCCCCACGGAAGUUCCACAAAAGCAUUUGCACCGAGACAAACAGAAUGGGCUUUGCGUCCGAAGUCGAGUUGUUAUCAGCUCAGAAGCGUCUGUUGCUAGCCAGCAUAAUUGCCAAGGUUCGGAUUUGACAGAGCAUCCAAGGGGGCAGGAUUCGGUGCGUGAUCAGAUCCGACAAGUGGUGACAGAUCUGGAGGACGUCUUGGGUGGCUUGAAGCAAGUUCACGUGGAGAUGAAAGAGGUAAUUGAGCAGAUUGAUCAUCUCACAGCUAAUAUGGACCUUGGCGAGAAGCCGAAAAGCAUCACUUGUGGUUCAUCAGGCAAAGUUCACGUCGCUGUUCAGACCGCUGCUCUUGGAGGCGAAUUUGCAAUGUCUCCUCCGUCCAGUCGCAAGUCCAUCUUGGUCAACUGUUCGAGGCGUUCAGAUGAGGACCGCAUCAUCCUGAAAACAAAUUCUCCGUCCCCUGUUCACAUGGCGUCAGUAGUCAAAACCCGCUGUUUCACCCCACCUGGUCACACUAAGGACCACACACACAUAAAUGGGCAUCCGCCUAUACCGUACCCUGACCACAAAGCAGAACACCAGGAGUCCCAUUCUCAGAACUUAAACCCUGAAGUCAUCAUCAGGAACAGCACAACGAUGUACGCGAGGACACUAAAGCCUCCGUUGUACCCGCAGAAUGGUCGAUGCAACAAGGACUCACAGCCAUCUAGCAAAGUAGGAAAGACCCCUGCCUGGAGAGGCCGCCAAAACGACAGCGUUGUAUGAAGAAAGGGAGAGGUGGUGGCAGCAGUGGUCUGCCCCUGUUGCAUAAGGCACCUGAAACGUGAUACCCUGUGGCAGCGAGUAGAGGUCAACGUCAGACCAAGGAGAGGGACAACUUAUGGAGGACAAGCAGUGGAACGACGCCUCGGGGCGGGCAUAUUUCUGAAUGGAAAACUCCCCCUGUGAAAGCCGUAUGAAUCCGGGGGUGGAGCUGCUAAAUAAAUUGACGUAUAAACUGCAAACAAACAAGCACAAAGAAGAUAUGCGCUGAUUCUCAGCAGGUGCCAGUGACGGAAGCCCAAUCCGAAUUAAAUAGGAAGAGUGAUAAGUUGCCAACCUUCUCCUUCAAAAUAGAUUGGACUUCAAUCACCAUCAAUGGCAGCAAAGGCAAACAGUCAGCGGCAGCUAAAUUGGAUAAAGAUGUGUAUCGUUAUAGCUAUGUUUAAAAACAAUGGACUUUUUUCUUACUGUGGGCCAAAUGAGAUAGAAGUGCAGGAGGCGUGAGUACUUUUCUGUGGGUUUCUCAAAUAAAUCAAUUUGACAUCUCAAUUAUCCGGUGGGUAAGAUAAUGCAUCUGAGUGUCCCAUAUUUUAACUUUGAAAUAAAAAGAAGUGACUCCAGCAUUUCAGUGUCCUUGCCAAGUGAUUUAUGGAAUUUGAAUUCCCGAGUAAGGAAAAUUUGCCAUGUUGAUCAAAAGGUGGCGCUGUGUGUUUACUGGUUUUGUCAGAUAUUCUUCUUCUUUCUCCUUCUUGCUUGUCUUUGGUUUGGCAAGCGUCUACGUUUGUGUUUGUUUAAAUCUUGUCUGAGAAUUUCACUCAGCUGCUCUCACAAGCUCCUGCUGCUAUCACAGCUCACCGCCUUGGCCCAACAACAAGUACAGUCAUCAUUGGGCCAACCGUUUUAUUCACUGAUAGCAAGUUUGUCAAGGCAAGCCGAUAUAU